AUGAUUUUCGCUUUUCUCUCUUUCUCUCUCUCUCUCUCUCUCUCUCUCUCUCUCUGUAUCCCUCUUUUUCCUGUCUCCAACUUUCUCUUUUACCCCUCUCUCUCCACUUUCCUUUCUCUCCUCUACUUUUCUCUCUUCGCUCUCUUUCCUUUUCUCGCUUUCUCUUCACCUCUCUCCAUUUCACCCUCUACGUUUCUCUCUACAUACCUCCUUCUGUCUUUUUUCACAAUCUUUCUCUUUCGUUCAUACCUUCCCUCUUUUCUCUCUCUCUCUCCGUCUUUCUCUACUCCCUGCACCUUUCUUCGUCCUCCUCUCUUCAUCUUUCUCUCUCUUCUUGUGCCUUUUCUUUUUCUUCUUUACUCACCCUCUUUCUCUCUUCCCCUUACCAUACAACUUUUCUCUCUCUCUCUCUGUCUCUCUCUUUCUCCCUUCGUCUCUCCUUCUCUCAACCCCACCUUUCUUACCACCUUAUCUCUCCACAAUCUCUCUCCCUCUCUACAACUUUCAUUCUCAUCUUCUUACUUCGUCAAUCUCUUCUUCUGUCUUCCUCUAUCCUUCCAACUUUCUCUCUUUCCUACACCGUCCUUCACUCUCUCCAUCUCCCUUUGUGAUCGUGACUCACCUCUCUCUCCUUCCAUCUUUCUCUCUCUCCUUUCAAAUUUAUCUUUCUCUCCACCUUUCUUUUUCUCCCUUUCUUCCUUUAGCUUUCUUCAUUCUCCUCUAUUCCCCGUCUUUCUUUCUUUUAUAUCUUUCUUUCCCAUUUUUCUUUUCUUUUUUUUUUCUCUUCCUCCAUCUUUCUCUCUCAUCUCUCACCCGCCAUUCUUCUUUCUUUUCUUCUGUCUUAUUCUAUCUACUUCUUCAUCCUACUUUUCUCUCCGUUUCUCUCUCUUUUUCUUUCUCUCAUUCCAUCCUUCAUUAAUUCCGUAUACUCAAAUCUGUUCAUUCGCACUUACCCGUUGGCAGUGGGGUUUGCAAGAAGCGCAAUGCCAGACGAGAUCCCAGUUAUCAAACGGUGUUAAUAACAUGUGA